UGGAUUGGUCGGAUGGUUUGAAAAUUCAAGGGCGGAAUCUUCGAAGCCACAGAGCUAGGAAGUGAUAGAGUGCUGGGGAGGAACCGAAAUAUUUGUAAAAGCGAGCUAAACGAAUAAAUGAAAGAAUAAACAAGUUAUACCUGAUCAAUCUCUAUACGUUGCACAAAUACGCAAUUUUGGAUACUGCGUAGGUUUGAGGGAUAAUCUGUCUUCUUCCGUCUUAUGAAGAAGGACUCGGCAGCACUCCAAGUGGUUUAGUCAUGUCACAGAAGCAGAUUUACUACUCGGAUAAAUACGACGAUGAAAAGUUCGAGUACAGGCACGUGAUGCUGCCCAAGGACAUAGCCAAGCGCGUUCCGAAAACGCACCUAAUGUCGGAAACAGAGUGGAGAAACCUGGGUGUCCAGCAGAGUCAGGGCUGGGUGCACUACAUGAUUCACCAGCCUGAGCCCCACAUCCUGCUGUUCAGACGCCCUCGACCGCCUGCGGCCUCACAGUGAUGCACGACAGGAAACCGGCAUGCGGCCCAAGUGUAAGCGGAGUGGAUGGGACAGGCCUGUGGAAUCACGGUGCUAUGUGGCGUCCCCAGACGUGUGGGCUUUGUCUUGACCCAGGCCAUUUCCCCAAACCCAUUCCAGGCAGCCUGCUAAAUCCCAGCACUUGUGCUAAUGCUGGGUGUUUGUGAAUUUUUCAGCAGAGUUUACUCUGCUGAAAGUCCUGGGCUUUGUUUAGCCAUUGGAGGAAUGCUGCUUCCCUGGAUCAUUUGAGCACUGAUGAAUGUGUAAUAUGAUGUUUGUUUACAUUUUGCGUAAUUCAUAUAGUGCACAAGUAAUGACACUUUUAUUGUACUUUUCCCAUUGGAUGAAUUGCAGUGAUUAACCUUUGCCAGUGUUACUUGUUUGAUUCAUAAUAAAAAGUCUGAAGUGAUGUGUUUGUACCGAA